GCGGCAAUGGCAGUGGCGGCAGCUUCAUGUUCCCAGUAUCAGGGGGAUUAGUUACUCCCCAAGAUUAAAUUGAACAGUCGUUGUGGCCUUUCUUUGAAAGCAGCAUGACAAAAGGAAUGAUGUCAAUGCAACAACAGCAGCAACAGCAGGGUUUCCCCAUGGUACCUGUGAUGCAGCCCAGCAUGCAGGGCAUGAUGGGAAUGAAUUUUGGUUCACAGAUGCCUCCUGGAGCAAUGCCUAUGCAGGGUGGAAUGGCAAUGGGACCAAUGCCUCCAGCUGGAAUGUCAUUUAUGCCACAGCAUCAUUACAUGGGGAUGCGUCCUUCACCGCCACAGUACACGCCAGAUAUGCAAAAGCAGUUUGCUGAAGAGCAACAGAAGCGAUUUGAACAGCAGCAAAAGAUGAUGGAAGAGGAACGGAAGCGACGACAGUUUGAGGAGCAGAAGCAAAAGCUGCGACUUCUGAGCAGUGUGAAGCCGAAGUUGGGAGAAAAGAACCGGGAUGAUGCCUUGGAAGCCAUUAAAGGAAACCUUGCUGGGUUCACAAGGGAUGCAAAGAUGCACCCAGGCCCCACUUCACAUCCCAGUAAAUCAGAUACUCCCCUGUCAUCCCUGUCAACUGCCCCUCCUUCCCAAUUCCCUGCCUUUCCUGAUGAUGAAGAAUUCAGUGACUUUAUUCAAGGGCCUGAAUCUGCCGCACCUGCGGCUCCCACCAGUUUCCAGCCUUUCCAACCCUUCCACCCCACAUUAGAGCCUGGGCUGCAGUCUGAGCAGGCUGCAGCUCCGGUGCAGCCUGUUCCUUCAGCCCAUCCCUCAGCUGCAUCUUCAUUGUAUGCUACAGCAGGGCUUUCGGCAAAAAACAGCCAAGGCCCUUCAUUGGAGGAGAAAAUGUUUGCUUCCUGUGAUCUCAGCAUGCCCAAGCAGGCACAUAUUAAAUUUAACCAAUCUCAGUCUUUGGCUGACAUUGGGUCUAAAGCCUCAGUCUCGACUCAGUUUCAGCCCAGUGCCAAGGCCUGUAACUGGGCCACCCAAACUGAAAACCUCGGUGGUGUCUUCACAGCAGACAUGCCAAAGGAUCCAGAACCAGAGACACCUGCCAAAGAGAGUGGUGUAGGAGUGUAUCCUACACAGGAAACACUUCAGCCGAUGUUACCACCCUGGCUCUUCAAUGACAGCCUUGUCCCAGAACUCUACAAGAAAGUUCUCGAAGCUACUCUUACCCCAGCAGGCAUUGAUACGGCAAAGCUUUAUCCAAUUCUUCUCUCGUCGGGAUUACCAAGAGAGAUGUUGGGUCAGAUAUGGGCUUUUGCCAAUCGAGCAACACCAGGCAAACUUACAAAAGAGGAACUCUACACAGUAUUGGCUAUGAUAGCUAUGUCACAGAGAGGCAUUCCUGCGCUGAAUCUUGAAAAUCUCAACCAGUUUCCAUCUGCUCCUAUUCCUACGUUAAGUGGGACCCCGCUGACUUUGCCCACUUCAGUGCCACAGCAACCUAUGAUAUCGGUGCCAACUGGUACUACUGUAUCUAUGUCUGUUCACACAGGCCAGUCUGUGGUAGGAAUGAACCUUCCUGUACCAGUGGGUGGCAGCACAACCCAAGUUUCCAGUGGUUUUGUGGCAGCAUUCUCUGGCAGUCAGGCUGCAAAAUCUGAUGACGAUGAUUUCCAGGAUUUUCAGGAGGCUCCCAAGCCUAACACAGCUGAUGAUUCAUUCAAGGGGUUCAAGAAUGAAACUCCCGGAAGUCUAUCGAAGACAUCAAGUUCACAGACCACAAUCAGUGCACACACGCUACUGACUCCAAUUUCAGGAACAUCUGCGUCUUCUUCAGUGGACAAAUAUGCUGUCUUUAAAGACUUGACAGAAGACAAGCCUACAGAAAGUUCUUCAUUUGCAGAUUUUGGCGACAAAUACAGCGUUUUUCGGGAACUUGGCCAGAGUGCAGAGAAUAAAUCCUCAGGGGAGGGCUUUGCAGAAUUCAAGUCACCAGGGAAUGAUGAUGGAUUCACAGACUUCAAAACUGCAGACAGCAUUUCACCAGUAGAUUCAUCAGAGCAAGUAAAGACGUUCUCAACAGCGUUUCCUUCUGUGCCAUUUCUACAGCCACAACUGCAACCUGUAACACAGCCUAAAGACUCUUUCAAUCUCACGGACCUUUUUACCUCUGUCAGUUGCACUGGAGAGAACAAAUCUGUGUCAUUUCCACCAGUUUCUGUGACAUCAUCCAUUACAUCAUCUGUAUGUGUUACAUCAUCAUUGUCAUCACUAUCAUCUGGUACUUUUUCCUCAGCCAGUAGCAAGACUGCUGGUGGAACUGAUGACUUUGGGGACUUCAGUCUUUUUGGCGUAGCAGCCAGUACGUCAUCGGGUGGGGGAUGGGGUCAGGAUGAAUUUGCAGAUUUUAUAGCUUUUGGCAGCUGCAGCAACACUGGACCCUCUGAACAAAAGUCAAAUGAUAAAUAUAGUGUUUUCAGGCAGGAGAAGAAUGAUGGCUUCGCAGCAUCUUUUGAUGCCACACUUGGCAUAGCAGAAGGUGGACAACAGCCUUCAACGUCCACUGUAGACAAGUAUGAUGUCUUUAAACAGUUACCUGAGGAAGGGUCUGUGAUGGGCUUUGAGGAACAAAAAGACAAUUCCUCCCUUUCCCAAGAGAAGAAUGAGGAUGACUUUCCAGUUACCAAGUUGUCCCUUGCAUUCAGCACCUCGGACAAGUCUUUCGUAGAUAAACUCUCUGCUUUUAAACAGGCAAAAGAAGACUCUGCCUCUGUGAAAUCUUUGGACCUUCCUUCGAUUGGUGGGAGCAGUAUUGGUAAAGAGGACUCGGAAGAUGCCUUAUCUGGUCAAUUCGACAUGAAGUCAGCUGAGGUUGGUGGUGAUUUGAAGCAUGUGUUGUCUGACAGCUCGCUGGAUUUACCACCUGUCAUUGGUCAGCCGCCUCCUGUUACAGAUCUGGAUGACUUUAAAUUUGACCCUUUUGGUAACUUCAGUAAUGGUUCUGCAGUGAGUAGUUUAACCAGUUACGAUUGGUCCGAGAAAGAAGACUCUGGCACCCAGAUUAAGAAGCAGCCACCAUUCUUCCUCAGCUUGGAAGGCAGAUCCUUGUCCUCUACCUCAGUGCUUCAGAAGAAAGAAACCUCUUUUGGCAGCUCCGAGAACAUCACUAUGACGACUGUCUCCACGGUAACAACAUUCUCAGCCGAGGAUACAAGUUCACAGCACAACUUUGAUGCUUUUGGAGACCUCAAAGAAACUGCAGAACAGACCAAAGAGAAAAAAGAAGCUUGUGGUGAUUUGGGAGACUUUGCAAUUACUUCACCUAGGGAAGGGCAGACAGCUAAGCCUGAUGAGUCAAACCUGGGUGAUGCAGAGCAAAGGACUGCAGCCUCUGUCACAAAUGGGGUUUCUUCUGAGGGGACAAAAACUGAAGCCUUUGAUGAAUUUGGAGAAUUCCAAAGUGAAAAGCCCAAAAUUAGUAAAUUUGAUUUUCUUGUGGCUAGUUCCCAGGGCAAGGUGAAGUCCAGUGAGGAGAUGAUCAAGAGUGAGAUGGAAACUUUUGAUCUUUCGGUGCAAGGAUCUCAUAAAAGGAGCCUGAGCCUUGGGGAUAAAGAAGUAACCCAUACUCCACCUGCUUCAGAGCAGCCUUUCAGGGACAGAUCAAAUACCCUAAAUGAGAAACCCGCACCACUGCCUGUCAUCAGGGACAAGUAUAAGGACCUAACUGGAGAAGUGGAGGAGAAUGAACGCUACGCUUAUGAAUGGCAAAGAUGUUUAGAAAGUGCAUUACAGGUAAUCCAGAAGGCCAGUGAUACCUUGAAUGGAAUCAGCAGUUCAACUGUGUGUAGUGAAGUCAUCCAGUCAACACAAGGCAUGGAAUACCUCUUGGGGGUGAUAGAGGUGUAUCGAGUAACCAAGCGUGUUGAGCUUGGAAUUAAAGCGACCGCAGUGUGCAAUGAGAAACUCCAGCUACUGAUGAAGGAAAUAGAGAAGAUCUGGAGUAGCUUGAUGAUAUUCAUGUCUCUCACUCCCCUUACGCCAGAUGAAAACUCACUGGAUUUCUCCUCAUGCAUUCUACGCCCUGGGAUAAAAAAUGCGAAAGAGCUAGCCUGUGGAGUUUGUUUGCUUAAUGUUGACUCCAGAAGCAAGGAGGAAGAAAACUUGGAGGAUCAUCCUAAACAAGCCUUCAACUCAGAGAGUGACAAUUUUAAGUUGUCUUACGGCGGUCACCAGUAUCAUGCCAGCUGUGCCAAUUUCUGGAUUAAUUGCGUGGAGCCUAAGCCACCAGGCCUCAUCUUACCAGACCUGCUCUGACAUAUUGUCAUGGAAACUGAAGGAUAUCAAACUUAACUUGUCCACUGCUUACAUCUCACUGACAUUUCACUGAAAUUGGAGGAUGUAGCCUGUAAAGAAAAUCAAUUUGCAACUUUUAUUUUUUUUUUAAAGUAUAUUUAAUAUGCACCAAUGUUGUUUUGAAGUCAUUUACAUCAGUUACUGUCUAAGAAAAGCUAAAAGAGAUUAGAUUGCGGGGAUGUUCUUCUUCCAGAAGGUGUGCAGCAGCUUCAGAUUCAAACAGACCUAUGCUUAUCUGUCUGUUCCAAGUUAUUUGAAGUCCAGAGGUUGCAAUUGCAGUUAAUAGAUGCAGCGAGGCAGCAUUGGUUUCAAUGUUAUAGAAUUUUAAAUUGGCAAUCUUACUGGGAAGUGUUAACCUCACUUUAGUUUUGUAAUUAUAUGAAAGGUACUAAAAGUCUUUAUUUUAAAUUAUUUAAAUAUCAGAUAGUCAAAUGAGUAAACGCCUUACUUCACAUCCUUCAGAUGUCCUUGACUUUUACCAGUUCUUACCAAGGACACUGAAUGAACCUUAUGAUGGUAGUUGAGUGCUUCCUAAUGUAAGGAAGCAAGGGGAAGGGAAGGAAUGCACAAUCCACAGGCGGGCAUGGAAUUACACUAAUGACAAAACCUUGCACGGAUCCAUAUCUUGCUCUCGUUGCAUUCUAUGCAGACAUGGCAGAGUGGGGAUGAAACCUUUAAAGAUUUGCAGAACACAUCCAGCAAUAUAGAAGCAGUGGGUAUUGUAUAUAGUGUGUCACCUAAUGGGACCAAUGACCUUCACAAUGUGAAAGCUGUUAAAGAUUUUGACCAGUCUAUUUAACCACUGUGUGAAUUUAAAGAAUGCCCCUAAAUAAUCACUUAUAGCAAGAUCUUGAAAACUGCACUGUUUUUAUGGCUGCACUCCUUUUCUGAUGUAUGCAUUAAUUUUUCUGGAGUGUCAAAAUGAACCACAGUUGAGCCUACUUCACCCAAAUACUGGGCUAAAUCACGUAUACUCUGUCGGGGUAACUUUCCUUUUGCUUGAUGGUAUAAAAUGGGCCAUGUGGGACCAGCUGCCUUUUAUACAUCUCUCCUGACUGAGGGAUGCGUGAUAGGCAUCCUAACUGAUAUUGCCAUUUUUACACCAUCACCCAAAAUCAUAGUUACUUCUGAUAUAUCCAGUGACUCUAGCAUUGUGUCUUCUUCUGGUACAUCUCCUCAAAGUAAGACACACAAAACUAGUUGUGUUUUAUGAAUAUGCCCUCUAAUAUUGUGGAAGUACAGAACUAAAAAUUAUCUUUGGGAAGGCAUUGAAGCAAUGUUGCCCCUUUUAUAGGUUUCCCUUGGUUGCAAUUUAAUGUUUAUCGAAAUCAAAUGCAAUUAAGAUGUCAUAUGAAAACAUCCCAGCCUUGGAAAAAGUUCAAUGUUCUUUCACAAUGUACAAAUUAAUUUUGAAUUUUCAUUAGGUCCAGCUCUGUACUGCUUGGUUUAAGUAUUUAUAGUUAUAUAUCUAUACAUAAUAUAAAAUACUAUUAUAAUAACGCCACCGCCCCCCCCCCCCAAUCUUUCCUCCCUACUCAACCUCUUUAAGUGUAGAUCUUACACUGUCUGUUAUGAUUGCUGAGUGAUCAGCUGGCAAAUAGUGUGCUCACAACGACACAGGUUAUGAUGCAUCCCUUCAAAGUGUGGACUCCAAACUAUGCGGGCCGACAUGCUAUUAGAUGAGACUAAACUUGAGCACGAGCGAGCCCAAUUGUGGAAUUUGCAAUCUUCUGGUCAUGAGCCAAGUGUUCCACUACCUCUGGAAUCAGUAUAUUGGAUUUGAUGAUUUAAGUAUUGAAUUCCACUGGAACAAUCCAGUUUGGUAGAAUUUGGUGUGUUUG